AUGAAGAUCCGGGAGCGUGACCGGAGCCUCGCAGCAGCCCUAGGGAUCUCCAAACCGCCAUUCGGCCACCACCGUCGCUAUCUUCCGGAAGGCAGUCUUCGGUGGCGGCUGCUCCAGGAUAUUCCGGGCGACACCGUCAUGUUCGUGGAGUUGGUCGUGCGCUUGGAUUACGGCAUUGAGUAUGCUAUGGUGGAAUGGAAGCUCUUGCGUAAGUGGAAUCAAUAUGUUGAGAGCAGGGAGGUGAAACGGAAGGCAAAGAAAAUAGAAGGGGGGCAGAAAGAAGCAGAAAAGAGGUGGGGUGGAUAUGGCAAAGAGUGUGAGCGACGCCGAGAGUAUGGCCAAGAAAAUAUUGACAGAUGA